AUGCAGUUCGCUCGUAAGGUCUUGAACCAUGUGUUCCACGAUGAUGUUAGAUGCUUCUAUCUGGUAGAAUCGAACGUCUGCCCGGCCAGCCGUGAAGGGUUCAAAACAAAACUGCAGGAGGACGAGUACUUCGAGUCCGAUUUCAUCAACGCCUCCGAAGAACAGUGCAAGAGCUGGGCACUGGAGAAGGAAUUUCAGGUCAAUUUCAUUGAGCAGGAUCUCAUUGCGAUUGUUGACGCGCGGAGCGCUCGAGAUGAGACUAUAUUGAUGUGUCACUAUAAUUAUCUGCGAGACCCGGGCGACGGUCUGGAGUUUGGAGACUUCGGCGUGCUCCCGCGGGAGCCCAAUGUCUGGUACGACUUUCGCAUAGAUUACCGCGGAGCUCAUAUGGUUUGCGUUGCCCUACAUUAUGUUCCGCCCGACCUCAGCUAUCCAGCGUAUUUUGGAUGCAAGGAGAAAUUUACGGAUGAGCACGGAGUCUUUGAUGUUCAGAAGGCCUUGCGUUAUGGUUUAGAUCCUGAUGGUUCCGAGACUCAAGUAGAGCCAUGA